GCUGUGCUGGGAGGAAGGCAAUAUUUUUGCUGGCUUUAUAUGUAUGUAUAUAUGAAAAAAGUUCCUGACACAAAAGAUAUCGCCGACAUCCCCAUGCUGUCCAUUGACAUGGAAAACAAAGAAAAUGGAUCUCUGGACAAAGAAAACUUGGUAGAGAAUGGAAGACCUCCUGAUCCUGCUGACUGGGCAGUUACAGAUGUGGUGAAUUAUUUCAGAACAGUGGGCUUUGAAGAACAAGCGAAUGCUUUUCAAGAGCAGGAAAUUGAUGGGAAGUCUUUACUGUUGAUGACAAGGAAUGAUGUACUCACUGGACUUUCAUUAAAAUUGGGACCUGCACUGAAGAUCUAUGAAUAUCAUGUAAAGCCUCUACAGACACAGCAUCUGAAGAACAGUUCGCUAUAGUGGAUUUUCAAACUGGGACUGUGUUUUAUCCCUGCUUUUCAAAAUAAAUAAGUAACAUUGGUUUUGUG